UGAAAACUAACGUCAACAUUUUCACGGAAGGAAGAAUCUCCUAAAGUUCAAAGUGAAGUUGCAGCAUUUUACAGAGUAAAAAAAUUAAAAGCAAUAUGGACACAAGGGCUACACAUACGGUAAAUGAUCCCAAGACCAAACUUUCCGCUCGUCUUUGGGAGAGCACAAAAGGAAUAAGGGAUAUGGCGAUAAAUACGGACUUCGUGCAGGGCAUUAAAAACGGAAAGCUAGAUCCGGAGAAAUUUGGGGUAUUCUGUGUGGAGGACAGCAUAUACCUGUAUAAACAACAACACAACAUAAAGGUAGCCACGGAAAAAGCGAAGCCCUAUCCAGAUCAGUACACAUAUCUGCACAAAAGGAUCGACAGUUACAAAACACUCUAUGAAGCAGAAUUCAAGAAAUGGCACGUCGGAAAACCAGAAGGGAUUUCAUUGGGCAAAGAUUUGAAAGAAUACAUGGAUUAUGAGGAAGAUGUAGCCCUGAAUCGGCAAUCCAUCUAUUUCCUGGUUGCUCUGAUUCCAUGUUUGAAAUUAUGGCCAUGGCUUGGACAGCAGAUCAAAGAUGGAAACCACGGAAUAUACAAUGACUGGGCAAAAGCUAACCUUGAUCCGGACUAUGUUGGAUUCAAGACAGUUGACGCCUUGAUAGAUGAAGCCGACGAAAAAGGCGGUAUCCAGGAAGAUGAGGCGAUGAAAAUAUACACGAAAUGCAUGGAGGGAGAGUACAAGUUUUUCAACUCGAUAUAAAAGUCAAACAAAUAUUUGCCUACAGUGCAAGCGAGCUUUGCUUACGAUAUAUUAUAGCCUUAGAAUUUCUAUAUUUCUAACAUUAAUCAAUGGACCAGAUCAAAGUGCGCGGAAAUAAUUUUAAAUUAUAUAUAUAUAUCUAUAAAAAAUAACAACAAAAAAACAGACUUUGCCGCAAGGCUUUUCUGCCCUCUCAGGUUUCUUCAGGCGGACUGAAUAUAUGUCAUCAAUGGUGGAAUGUACCAGUGACAGCUUUUUAGCUAUCUCACUAAUUUUUUCCCUCCAUCCUGGUCAAAGUCUUCUCAAUCGCAAGUAAAUUAUAGCAUAUAAGAAAUUUAAAACUGUCCUUGGGAAUGUGAAUGUAUAAAAAAUAACAAAAAAAAAAA